AUGUGCGCCACCAAAACGGCCCUCCUCCUCGCCCCGGCCCUCACCACCACCGGCACGCUGCUGUACGGCUGGGACCAGGAGCUCUUCCUGCGGCCGCUCACCCUGCGCAACACCUACCGCGACGCCAACGCGCUGCUGCCCGCAUACUGGAGCCGUCUCAUGACGGUCGGCUGGCCGCGGCUGCUCUCCUGCCUCGUUGUGUGGUUGAGGGUGAACAUGGCGAGGACGCUGACGACGGAUCUGCUGAGCUGGGUGUGCGCGGUGGUGGCGGUGACGAAGACGCUGGCGGUGGAGUGA